UGAUAUUUUUUAAAAAAAAAAGAAUAUUCUAAGUAAUUGUGUAGUUGUUCUUUUCAGUAUAAUGUAUAGAUACGUGUAUUUUCGAUAGCCGCACAAGCUAGAUACUCUCAUAAAGUAUUUUCUCUGAUUACAUUUCUUUAACUUCAUAUACAUGUUAUCUAAGCUUUAUAGAAAUAGAGUUUAUAGGAUUUUAUACUUCUUUAAUAUUUAAAUUAAGCAUGUUGAAUUAUUACUUGGAAAAAUUUAAUUCAUUAAAAAGAAAUAUUAAUAUAUGAAUAAAUUAUAUUAUAUAAAAUUUUGUAUCUAAUAUUUUUAGUAAAAAUUUAUACAUAAAAUUAUUAAUUAAAAUUAUCAAAUAAUAAUUUAAUUAAAUAUGUAAAUUAUCUAAUAAUUUUACAUAAAAAUAACUAAACGUAAAUUUUUACAAUUAUUUUUUUAUGCUUACAAAAACACACGCCUUUUCAAAUAAUGGACCCAACCCAAACCUAAACGAGUUGCUAUUAGUCAAUUAGUCAAACUCGUGUGUGUGGAGAAAAUUAAAAUUUAUCUAUGCUUUUUGGUCUUUCCACGUGUCCACUAGGAACUAAAAUAUCACCAUCCAUUAUGGUAGUUGGAAUCUACGGUCUAGAAAAUAACAACAAAGUAAAGAAUCCAAGUAACACCAUCAUCAAUUAAAAUGUUCCUCACACUCACAACACAGUAACACACUCAUAAACCCAAAAGAAAAAAAUGGGUACUAUCAAUUUUCAAGCAAAACCCAUAUUCCAAAAUCUAAUAUUUCUCACAACCUUGAUCCUGAUCUUCCUCUCAACCCCAUCAUUAUCCUCUAAUGAAGAAAACACAACCACCUUAACUGCUUAUGAUGUUCUUCAAAAAUUCAAUUUCCCAAUUGGGCUUCUCCCAAACGGUGUUCUAAGCUACGAAUUAGACCCUUCCACGGGUAACUUCAAAGCUUACUUAGAUGGCACUUGCACGUUCAAGAUUGAGUCCUAUGAUUUGAACUAUAAGUCAACCAUAACAGGUGUCAUCACCAAGAACAAGAUCUCUAGCUUAAGUGGUAUUCAGGUUAAGGUUUUGUUCCUUUGGUUGAACAUUGUGUCGGUGACACGUGUUGAUGAUGAGUUACAAUUCUCGGUUGGGAUUGCAUCUGCUGAUUUUGCGGUUAGUAAUUUCUAUGAGUCUCCCACUUGUGGUUGUGGAUUUGAUUGUGUGAAUUUGGCUAAUAAGGUCAUUAAUCAUGGGAACAUGUCAUCACAUGAUUAUGUUAUGUCUUCUUAAUUAGGGUUGUUGGAUCGGAGAGAACUUGUUAAUUAGGUGUGUUAAAUAAGAUUAUAUCAUGGUUUUGAUGUUGUAUUUGGAUGUUUUUAGUACUUCAUCUUCCAUAUCAACAUGGUGAAAGGGACUAAGGUUUGUUUUAAUAGCCUUUUGUGGUUCUCUUCAUAAGUUCUUAUGAGAUUUGUUUAGAGAAAUUUUUGUGAGUUUGCCAAUCAAUUGAUUUAUCAUAAAUUGAAGUAUUUGUCACACUUAAUAAUUGAAUGUCACAAUGUGUAUAAGUGACGAAAUCUUAAAUAUAAUUACACAUAAAAUGGAUUAUAUUAUACUUCACUAACUUAACAUGUUUUCUUGUACUUAUUAGUUUGUGUUGUCCUUUUACACAUGAUUUAUGUGGAAAGUGGAAAGUACAUUUGAUUAAGCAUGUAUGUGUAUAAUUUAUUUUUAUUUUCCUUUUAAUAAGUGUAACUUGGAGAGUGACAACCGUGAUGAUAUUUUCGCGUGAAAAUGAUAUUGCGAAUCGUUAGAUGGUUGAUCGAUCUUAUACAUCGAGUUAAUGUACAUUUUUUUUAUCAAUGGAUGAAGUGUGAUAUCUAUUUCAUAUUAAUCAUGAAUCUUAUUUAACGGAGAAGAGAAUUCUGUCGAUUCCGUAUACAAAUCAUCAAAAUGAUGAUAAUUGAAAACAUUUCGCAGCUUAGACAUCCGAAGCUGAUGAUCACAUGGGUAUCACUUUCCAGGUGCUUGGUUUAGGUGGGAAAAUAUGGCCGGACUCCAUGGUCAUGUUUGUUUCUAAUUCUUUUUGACAAUUUAAGUGGAUUUAGGAUUCAAAAUGUGACCAAAAAAAAAAAGAAUAUUCAAUU